AUUGACUCCAGAGCUAGUCAGGUAGCAGCGACGGCUAUCGUAGACAGCAUUACAUUAGACGACACAGUGGUAGCAAGUGGGUUAGCUCUGCAGCUAAUCAUGGUGAAUGUAAAGAAGCGGAAAGGUCGAGUCGUUAUUGACUCUGACUCGGAAGACAGCGCUAGUGACGAUAACUUAGAUCAGGAGCUGCUGUCUUUGGCGAAGAGGAAAAGGGUUGAUUCGGGUGAGCAGGAAGAACCUGUUGGCAAACCAGCAGCUUCCACAGACUCUGAGACAUCUGACAGUGAUGACGAGUGGACUGUCGGUGGCACCAAAGGCAAAAAGAAGGUUAAGCAGGGCAAAGGGUCUGAAAAGAAGAACGCUACAAAGAAGAAGGUUAAUAAAGCGACAGCGUCUGGUAGCUCAGAUGGGGACAGCUCAGCUGAAAGCUCUGCACCGGAGGAAGGCGAGGUGUCUGAUUCAGAGAGCAACAGUUCGUCCUCCAGCUCGGACUCAGACUCCUCUGAGGACGAGGUGUUCAGGGACGGUUAUGAUGAUGACUUGAUGGGUGACGCUGAGGACAGAGCUCGACUUGAGCAGAUGACAGAAAAGGAGAGAGAACAAGAGCUGUUCAACAGAAUUGAGAAAAGAGAGGUGCUAAAGAGACGGUUUGAAAUCAAGAAGAAACUAAAGACGGCAAAGAAGAAGGAGAAGGAGGAGAAGAAGAAAAAGCAGGAAGAAGAGCAAGAAAAAAGGAAGGCAUCUCAAGUUCAAGAUACACAAGUGGUCAUGUCACACAACAAGGAGAGACGAUCCAAGCGUGAUGAAAAACUUGACAAAAAAUCCCAGGCUAUGGAAGAACUAAAGGCUGAACGUGAGAAGAAGAAAAACAAAACAGCGGAGUUGCUGGCUAAGCGUCAGCCGCUGAAGACGAGCGAGGUUUACUCUGACGAUGAGGAAGAAGAAGAGGAGGAUGAUGACAAGUCAUCUGUCAAAAGCGACCGGAGUUCCCGUUCAUCAUCUUACGAUGAAGACGAAAAAGAGGAGACUCCACCAAAGUCGCAGCCCGUUUCCCUGCCAGAUGAACUCAACAGGAUCCGCCUGUCCAGACACAAGCUGGAGCGCUGGUGCCACAUGCCCUUCUUUGCUAAGACUGUGACUGGCUGCUUUGUAAGGAUAGGAAUCGGGAACAGCAGCAGUAAACCAGUUUAUAGGGUUGCUGAAAUUGUUGAUGUAGUAGAGACGGCAAAGGUUUACCAGCUUGGGUCAACACGAACAAACAAGGGAUUACAGUUAAGGCAUGGUGGUGACACACGGGUUUUCAGGCUUGAGUUUGUAUCAAAUCAAGAGUUCACAGAAAGUGAAUUCAUGAAGUGGAAAGAGGCGAUGAUUGCUGCUGGAAUGCAAGUACCAACUCUGGAUGAAAUCACCAAGAAGGAGCAAUCCAUCAAAGAAGCUCUCAACUACAAGUUCAAUGAUAAAGACAUUGAGGAUAUUGUAAAAGAAAAGGACAGAUUCCGGAAAGCACCACCAAAUUACGCCAUGAAGAAAACGCAGUUACUCAAAGAUAAGGCCAUGGCAGAGGAAAGUGGAGAUGGUGAACGAGUGAAAGUGAUCCAGGAUGAACUGAAUGAGCUUGAGGAAAGGGCAGAAGCCCUCGACAGACAGAGGACCAAGAACAUCUCUGCUAUUAGUUACAUUAAUCAGAGGAACAGAAGCUGGAACAUUGUUGAAUCUGAAAAAGCUCUUGUGGCUGAAGGACAAAAUGCCAAAAACCAACAAAUGGAUCCUUUCACACGAAGACAGUGCAAACCCACCAUGGUGUCUAAUGCCAGAGAUCCGUCAGUCCACGCAGCUAUUCUUGCUCACCUAAACCAGAAAUAUGGCUCUGGUUCAACACCAGACAAUUCAAGUCCAGAGAAGAACAAACUGGGUCAAACAAACCAGAAAGACAAAGAUGUCCCGAAGCCAACCACUGACCUCUCGGAAGACUUGUUUAAAGUUCACGACUUUGAUGUAAAGAUUGACCUACAGGUUCCCAAUGCAGAGGCGAAGUCUCUGUCUGUGAGCUCUAACGCGUUGCCAGUGAAGGACGGCGCUCCCCGCAGGUCGCUCAACCUGGAAGACUACAAGAAGAGGAGGGGGCUGAUUUGAUGUGGCAGCACCUCAUCGAGAACCCACAUUGCAUGUGUAAGCGAGAGUUUGUGUGUGUGUCUGAGUGAAAGUGAGAGACUGGGUGUUUGUGUGUGUGAGCGAGAGAGAGAAUGUGAAUGACUCCUGAAGGAUGUGUGUUCGAAUGAUGAUAAAAUAGACUGUUCAUCCAACACAAAGGAAAUACUGAUUAAACGGAGACAACGUUUUUCUCAAAGGAUCUUUCUCGGGAAGAAGAAAAAAGAAAACCUUGUCCAGA